AUGGCCGUUGGUACCAAUGUCAAGCUCAACUUCACCGAGUUCUUCAACAUCACCGACGGAAAGCUCGAGACAACCAAGGAGACUGUUCAGGGUGUCAAUCCCUCUACCCUAGAGCAGAACCCUCCGGUUCCGGUUUCGACUCGAGAAGAUGUCGACAGGACUGUUCAGGCGGCUAAAAAGGCCUCUGAAGCCUGGGCUGAUGUCCCGUACAAAGAGCGACAAGCCAUGUUGGCCAAGUUUGCCGAUGGCAUUGACUCGAUCAAGGAUGAACUUGUUGUUCUGUUAAAUAAGGAGCAAGGAAAGCCUCUGCAAUUGGCACAUGUGGAAAUAGGCAUGGCUAUUCACUUCCUUAAAGGAUAUUCACAACUGCCCGAUCCUGAAGAGGUGAUCGAGGACAAGCCGGGUCGUCGAAUCGUCACCAAAUAUGUCCCUCUUGGUGUUGCGGUCGGUAUUGUGCCCUGGAACUUCCCUGUAUUUAUCGCCGCUGCAAAGAUUGGUCCAGCCCUCGUGGCGGGAAACGCCUUCAUUCUCAAGCCAUCACCAUUCACCCCCUACUGCGAUCUGAAGCUCGCUGAGCUAGCUCUCACGUACUUCCCCGUCGGUGUUGUUCAAGCCCUCAGCGGAAAUGAUGAUCUCGGCCCGUGGCUCACUGCGCAUCCUGGUGUUGACAAGAUCAGCUUUACAGGAUCUACGGCAACCGGGAAAAGGGUCCUGCAAAGCGCUGCUGGAACUCUUAAGCGUGUGACACUCGAAUUAGGAGGCAAUGAUCCGGCCAUUGUUUGCAGCGAUGUCAAUGUGAAGGAAGUUGCCCCAAAGCUUGCCAUGGGGGCUCUAGCGAACUCUGGUCAACUCUGCAUCGCUAUAAAGCGUAUCUAUGUUCACGAGUCCAUAUAUGAUGACUUGUUGGAAGCAUUGGCUGCAACGGUUAAGAGUCUUCCUGUUGGUGAUGGCCUAGCAAGUGGCACAGCUAUGGGUCCUGUCCAGAACAACCUGCAGUUCGACAGGGUGAAGAGCUUGCUUGCAGAUAUUCAAUCCCACGACCUCAAGCUCGCAGCUGGAUCAACCGGCCCGUCAGAUGCGGGUAAAGGAUACUUCAUCACGCCUACCGUUGUUGAUAACCCUCCGGAUGCCUCCAGGAUUGUAGUCGAGGAGCCAUUUGGCCCUGUCUUCCCUGUGCUGAAGUGGAAGGACGAAAACGAGGUCCUUCGACGCGACAAUGACAGCCCUAUGGGUCUUGGUGCGUCGGUUUGGACUCCAGACUUGGAGAAGGCAGAGAGGCUGGCGGCGAAGCUCAAGGUAGGAACGGUUUGGAUUAACAGCCAUCACGAGCUGAAUCCGAGUGUGCCAUUUGGGGGUGCUAAGGAGAGCGGCAUUGGCGCUGAGCAUGGACUUGAGGGGAUCAAGUCAUAUUGUAACACCAAGUCCGUGUUUAUCAAUGCAGCUUAA